GAGGGACUUCUGACUGACAAACAGAACUACUACACUCCUUCUCAGUUCAUCUCUCUAUUGACUCACUCUCUCUCUUUACAUCUGACUGUGUGCUGUACACAUUCCAGGCCCCGGCUGGAUCCACGGCGGCCAUCCUGCCCAGGCUUCGUCACUUGUCUCUUGGUGUCUCUCCAGCCCCUCCUUCCUCUUCAGCAUCCCUCUCAUCUCUCCAGGCCCUGCUCGAGGGAAGCCACCGCCUGAGAGGGGCUGAAUGGCAUCGGGCCACUUCCAGCUCACAUCAGGUGCCUGACACACACACAGGACAAGGAAACGGGCAAGACGUCACCUGAUAUCGCUUGCUUUUUUGAAACUACAGCAGCCCUUGACACCAUGGCGACCAACAGGGAACGGCAAGUGGGUCACAUGACUGGCUUCCCGCCUGCGGUGUACCCGUUCACCUUCAACUCCAUGCGGAGCCACUCCCCCUUUGACCUGCUGGCCAGUAGCAACCUCUUUGGCCGUUUCGGGGCAGACCUUCCCAAAGAGAUGGCUGCAUUGUCGGUGGAAACCCAGAGCACCAGUUCAGAGGAGAUGGUACCCAGCUCUCCCUCUCCUCCUCCACCUCCUCGAGUGUACAAGCCCUGCUUUGUGUGCCAGGACAAGUCAUCUGGAUAUCACUACGGAGUGAGCUCCUGCGAGGGCUGCAAGGGCUUCUUUCGUCGUAGUAUCCAGAAGAACAUGGUGUACACGUGCCACCGCGACAAGAACUGUCAGAUUAACAAAGUGACACGCAACCGCUGCCAGUACUGCAGGCUGCAGAAGUGCUUCGAAGUUGGCAUGUCCAAAGAAGCGGUGCGUAAUGACAGGAACAAAAGGAAGAAGGACGUGAAAGAGGAGGUGGUGCUACCAGAGAGCUACGAGCUGAGUGGAGAGCUAGAGGAGCUAGUUAACAAAGUCAGCAAAGCUCACCAAGAGACCUUCCCAUCUCUGUGCCAACUUGGCAAAUAUACCACAAAUUCAAGUGCUGACCACAGAGUGCAGCUGGACUUGGGCCUGUGGGAUAAGUUCAGUGAGCUCUCCACUAAGUGCAUUAUAAAGAUUGUGGAGUUUGCCAAGCGGCUGCCAGGCUUCACUACGCUCACCAUCGCUGACCAGAUCACCCUCCUCAAAUCUGCAUGUCUGGACAUUCUGAUGCUGAGGAUCUGCACACGCUACACCCCAGAACAGGACACCAUGACCUUCUCAGAUGGCCUGACCCUCAACCGGACCCAGAUGCACAAUGCUGGCUUUGGCCCACUCACAGACCUGGUGUUUGCUUUUGCUGGCCAGCUGUUGCCCUUGGAGAUGGACGACACAGAGACCGGCCUCCUCAGUGCCAUCUGCCUCAUCUGCGGAGAUCGUAUGGAUCUGGAGGAGCCACAGAAGGUGGACAAGUUGCAGGAGCCCCUGCUGGAGGCUCUGAAGAUCUACGCCCGCCGCCGCCGCCCAAACAAGCCUCACAUGUUUCCGCGUAUGCUGAUGAAAGUCACGGACCUCCGAGGAAUCAGCACCAAGGGCGCAGAGAGAGCCAUCACUUUGAAGAUGGAGAUCCCCGGCCCCAUGCCUCCGCUGAUCAGGGAGAUGCUGGAGAACCCCGAUGCCUUCGAGGACAGCAGUGACUCUGUGGACAGUGCUGCAGCUGCUCCCCCUGCCAUUCAGGCCAUCAAGAAGGAGGAGGAGAAGCCCAUGUAUGAGCCAGCAGUGGAGGACGAAGAGGAGGAUGAAGAGGACGACUACGGGGAUGAGGAGAGAGAGAGGGGGGCGGACAGUGAUGCAGAGCUUUGGGGCGAGGCCGCCGGAGUGCCAAGGAAAGGUGUAGCUGGGAAAACACAGUGAGAAAGACACGAUGAUGCUCCUCCCAUCCACAUCACUGAGCCCUACAGAACAUCCGCACCAGCUCCCUCCACAAACUCCGGCUCUUAUCCAAGAACUGGCAACAGACAACACACCUAUUUCACACACUUCCAUGCCUAACACAUACACAUGUGUUGUACCCACAUUUACAUCAAUGGAGCCAUAGAGGAAACAGAGGAACAUGCAGUGUAGGAGACAAGGCAUGGGAGAGGAAAAAGCACUAAAUGUCAGUGGGUUGACAAGUGGGCCAUGAAAAGGCACUGUGCCAAAAUGAGACUUUCUAAAGAUUAUUUCAAACCUUUGUGUCCACACAAAGAGGAACAAGAUGUUAAGCCUAAGAGAGGCAGCAGCUAGAAGGUAGUGGACAGAAGAAAAUGCACUCCACUACCCCUAAGGGCUAUGCUUUGUAUAAAAUUGAUGAUUAAAAAAAAAAUACAUUGCAACAAAACUCUUAUGUGGCGUCCAUUUGCCACGAAUGUCUUUAGAAUUUAUGUUAUUCCUAUUGAGAAAUAUGCUACUUAUUUUUCUAUUGUAUGAUUUUCCUAAGCAUGUUGACAUUUCUAUCCUGUCAUAUCUGCCCGUGUGUGGGACUCUGCAUUGCAUUGUUUGUUUGUUUGUUUUGUAUAAUUUUUACUCAGUUCUGUUCACAUUCGAUGGGAAAUGUUUUUUUAAACGUCGCCAUUAUUUUUUAUGUAUUUCUGCUUUAUUGGAACACUACACAGCAACAGCAAAGACGAGGCAGAGAGAGAAAGCGAGCGAGCAGGAUGACGUGACAGGUCAUGAGCAGGACUCAAACCCAAGAUGUGACAAGCACAUGUUAUGCAACUCAGUCUUCCGAGUCAUGGUAAUCUGCGAUGGGUAGAGCAUUUCGAACGAGAACACAGUCCUGUCAUCCAAAUCUAUAAUUUCAACUCUGAUUCUAGUGAUCAAGGUAAGAGUCUAAGAAAAGAAACCAAAGCAACACCAUAAAUCCACCUGCUGAGCAAAAUGCAAACGGCAAGUUUAGAUUUACACAUCUGCAGGAUAGAUUUAAUGCCACCUCACUAUCUCAGGUUGAAAAUAUCAGGGUCACAUGUCACCAGUCAAUACAGUAUUCUCUAGAAACAACUAGUGUGGAUGCUCCUGCACCUCUUCUCCAUUUUUUUGUAUAAAUAAAGCAUGCAACAGAGGUUCUUCUGACAUCAAGGAGCUGCGAUAGGGAUAAGGAAAGAUUGAAGUCGUUGAUUAUGCUGCACCGCCCCAGUGGCAUCUAUUCAAUAACUAAUGGACAUAAGAUUAAUACACUCUCAAAAAAGCAAUCAAUCUACUUGACUGCAUGUGUGUGUGUGUGUGUGUGUGUGAGAGAGAGAGAGAGA